UCUGCAGCUCAAAUGGUCUCUUAUGAAGGCUGCAAGCUCUUUCAGUUAGCUUGCCUGUAUCCAGAAAUUUACUCUUCAUCAAUCAUCAGCAGGCUACUUAAGUGGAAUCGUAAAUUCGUGAUGUGUUAGUAAAAGUAGAUGUUUUUGUUGUCCUAUCUCAAACAUGGAUAUCCAGUCAUCACCUACUCUUUUCAUUUACAGGAAGUGAUCUUGGAAUCUGAAAAUAGAACAGCUACAUCGGAGAACAAGUUUCUAAGGGUUAAUCUAAUUGGAGAUUUUGGUUAGAUACUAUAGCAUUCAUUCUUUUGAAGACCAUUACGGCAUUACCUCGUCCUUCUGUGACAGGUAUUCAUUCUUUCUUCACUAAUAUUUUCCAGUUACGGUAUUCAAUUUCCCUCUGUCCCUUCUUUAUCAUUUUCUCCACGCCUCUGCAAUGAAGUGAGCUACACUGGAUCGCUGUAAACAUUAGUUCAGGAGCAACAAUAAGAGGUUCUGAUGAAAACAAUUGAACGAAUCAUUUGAGUUUUGAUGUUGUGUCCUGAAAGCCAUCUUAGCUUGUUAAUUUCUUAUAAUUAGGGAACCCAUAUGAGACACAGAUGAAUAGGCUAUUCUCCUUUUUAAAUUUCUGCUCUACCUCUCCAUUCUGUAGAAGCCAUUUUCUACCACAUUGUUUAAGCUAAUAUUUGGAAGCAAGUGAAUGUUGGAUAAAAAGGGAGUUUGAACUUCUGUUUAAAGCAUACCUUUCUCGGCCUUUUGGCUAAGAUCAAGUGUAGUAUCUGUUCUUAUCAGUUUAAUAUCUGAUACGUGGGCCAAUGGUCCACACGAUAUUAAAUUAAUUUUUUUAGGGGGAGAAGCCCACCGCUGGAGCUUGCUUCAGGGGCUUUUCGUGUGUCGCCCAUGCGUUGCACUACUGCACGGGCCUGGCGCACCCCACCAAUUUUAGUAAAAUAUAUUUAGCAUGUUCUGUUCUAGAGCCCAAAGUAAAACGAAUGCAGUUAAACGAAGACGUGGAACAACAUUGCUGUUUCUAUAUCUCUACGUCGAGCUUGUAGUUACUUCUCCUGUCAUAUGUAUAUGCUAUAAAUAUGAAGCAGCUCAUAGUUGAUAUGUGUUGUGGAAUGAGGGUUAUUGUCACUGACAAGAACUGGGGAGGAAUUUUUCAAUGUGGAUGCUUGAGAGAGUAAAGAUUAAUGCUGGAUCCAAUAAAUUUGGCACAACUUAUGAGACUUUCAAUGGAAAAUCAGAUUUUCGUGCCUCGCUAUGAUGGAGUUGCUUGCAUAAUCAGUUGUGGAAUUGAUAGAAUUGAGAGCAGAUGGCAUAGAGUUUGUCUACCUCGUUUUGUUCCUGGCACAAUGUUAGAAUUUAUGCUGAAAUUUUCUUUUAGUCCACACUUUUUCGUCUUCACAUCUGCAAUAUUUUUCAUCGUCAAAGGUCCAGAUUAAGGUUUUUUAAGGCUACCACAGUAAUGUGAUUGUAACCUGUAACUACAAUUUAUAAAAGGUACAACAUUGCUGAAGUAUGACUCAUAAAACUGUUGCCUUUAUAUGUGUUUGGAAGUUCAUGAACUCUGUUUAAUAUGCAUGUAUUCUGAAAUUUCCAUUUACAGGAUCCCAGGGAAAAUUGUGGGGUUACAGUUCCCACAUUUGAAGCCCUAACUCAGUUCGCAACUGCUAUUGUUACCGCUAAGAAUACAGGGAAAGUGGAAACAUCAUACAGUUUAACGGUAGAAUCCACCCUUCCUCUGCAGUUAUUUUAUCAUGCAACUCACAAUACUUAAUGGGAACUGUUAUUUUCCCAUUGUUUUAGUAAACUUGCAUUAUUCUGAAUUGAAAUCCAUUAACAAUUAGUUCCCAGCUAGACUUGGCCAAUAUAAUCAUAUCUUAUUUUCUCCUGGUCGAGUAAGUUCCUAGUUGAAGAUAACCUGGUUGCUGCGUUGACAAAUUGCUCCAUCUUGCAGUGUGACUGCUCGAAAGUCGUUUCCCUUAUGGAGGUACCUUCAAAAGUUCCAGUCUUCUUCCUUCAUAUGACUCAUAACAAUCAAAAGUUUUGUGAGCAUAACUCUAGCAUUCCUUCUUUGAGGAUAUUUACCUCGUGCUUCCAUGACAGGUAUUCAUUCUUGCUUCACUUAAAUUGUCCAGGUAUGGUAUUCAAUUUCCCUCUGUACCUUCUUUAUUAUUCUCUCCAUGACUCUGCAAUGAAGUGAGCUAUACUGGAUCAUUGUAAACACUAUUUCAGGAGCAACAAUAAGUGGUUUUGAUGAGAACAAUUGAACGACUCAUUUGAGUUUUGAUGUUGUCCCGAAAGCCAUCUUUGCUUGUUAAUUCCUAUAAUUAGGAAUUCCUAUAAUUAAAGAGAAGAAAGGUGAGUAAUUACCAAUCCUACGUCUAAGGUUUAAGGAACGGUAAUUGGGUUUGCUGCGCUAUGAGCUCUCUCUUUUUUGACAGGAAAUUAUGAGCUUUCUCGUUUCUUUAUUUCUGCUCUACCUCGCUAUUCUUUAGAAGCCGCUUUCUACCACAUCCCUUAAGCAAUAUGUGGAAUGAAGUGGAUGUUGAAUAAAAGGAGAGUUUGAACAACUGUUUAAAGCAUACCUUUCUCGGCCUUUUGGCUAAGAUCAAGUGUAGUAUCUGUUCUUAUCAGUUUAAUAUCUGAUACGUGGGUCAAUGACCCACACGAUAUUAAAUUUAUUUUUAUAGGGGGAGAAGUCCACCACUGGAGCUUGCUCCAGGGGCUUCUCGUGUGUCGCCCAUGCGUUGCACUACUGCACGGGCCUGGCGCACCCCACCAAUUCUAGUAAAAUAUAUUUAGUUUGACAUAUUGCAGUUUCUAUGUUUCUAUAACGUGCUUGAGUUUCCUUCCGUUGGUUAUAUGUAAUAUGCUGUAAUAUGAAGCAGCUCAUUGUUGAUCUUUGUAUUGGAAGGAGGGUUCUGGUCACCCACAAGAACUGGGAGCAAGAGAUUUACGCUGGAUGGUGUUGAGUUCAAUAAAAUUGGGUCACUUAGGAGGCUUUCAAUGGCAAUCAGAUUUAUGUGCCUCACCAUACUGGAGUACUUGCAUGAUCAGUUGUGGAACUUCUGGAAUGUUAGUAUCCCCUAGUCUUGAUUCCUUUCAGUCUGAUGUUCCAUAAUCUCCUUCUGUUGCUUAUGCAAUUUUUAAUUUUUAUCAAGCUACUGACCUGUUUCAUCUGAGAUUUGUCAUCGGGGACAGGCUGAUCAAAACCAAAAUGUUUGCUUCUCGCUUUGUUUCUGGCGUGAUGUUAGAAUUGAUGCUGAAAUUUCCUUUUAGUCCACACUGUUUCCUCAUCAUAUCUGCAAUGUUUUCCUUCAUCAAAGGUCCAUCUUGUAGUUUGGCUGCUUGAAAGGCGUUUCCCUUAUCGAGGUACCUUCCUUCACAAGUUCCACUCUUCUUCCUUAAUACGACACAUGACAGUUAAAAAAUUUUAUGAUCAUAACUCGAGGGCUGAUGACUCAGGAGCAAUUCUUCAUCAUGAAACCAAAUGAAGUCGCUACUCAAUGAUUUAAACUAUACCCAACAAAUGAUCAAGCUGCAAGUUAUGCAUGUUCAGGUAAUUACAGUACCAGCAGUGUCCAUUAUAAAAUUUUAGUUUAUCAUGAGUACUAAUGUGAGGUAGCAUCCGGUUUGGAUUCUUAGUGUUUCUUUUUAGUGCAGCUGUUCUGAAGCACUCUAAUUUCAAUCAAGUGGACCGAGCCAAUUGCCAAUUUUAUAUGACAGCUACUACUAUAGACAAUGGGUCUCAGCCUCUCAGGUUUGCCUAGUUGAUUAAAUCUUUGUUCGUCCAUCAAUUCAUUUUCUUAGCUUAGUUCCGUAAGGCGUUAGAUAUGAUCUGACUUCACUGUAAAAAGUCUGAAGUAUAGGAACUAGAUUCUGUGAGUGCUAAAGUGAAAGGAAUCAGUUCCAUAUGCGGUUCACUUACGAAGUAGUUCUAUACAUGUUUGGGAAUUUUAGUAAGAAUGAGACUCGAUCUUAUCAAAUGAAUUUGAUUAAUGUGGUCAGUGCAUCUAUCUUUCUAGAUAUGUGAUUUCCCUCUUAAUUAUAUUCAUCAAUCUGGAACACUCUUAACUAUAUAUUGAUCAAUCUGGACAGCAUGUGUCAAUCCUGAAAGUUUGUCAAUUUAGGUGAACUGAAGCAAUUGCAUGGCAUUUUCACAUGACAGAGUGAUUCAAUUAUAAAACUUUUGUAGAUUGGUCCCUUUAUACCACCAAAGACAGAACGGAAUCGGUUCCCGGAGUCUAUUAAAAUAAUGCGGAACAAACUGUGGGAUGGUUUGUUAGACUUCAUCAUGGGAAGAACUUGCAGGUACAUAAUCUGGAGUGAGAUGUAGUCGAAACAUAUAUUUCUUUUAUGUGGAGUAUAUUGAAGACAUAUGCAAUCUUGCUGUGAAUGCCUCUUGAGCAGAUUUAUCUGUCGAGGAUCUCUGGAACACAUUUGUUAGUAGUCUUUCAUGGUCUUUCGUAUUAUAUUUUUGUCUGAUCUUAAAGUAUUGAAAAACCAACUAUAAUUGUGAUUGCAAUGCUUGUGCUAAUCUGACUUCUACAUCAAAAAGGUUUCUUUGAUCCUCUUUAUGAUUGGUGGGAAGAUCAUCUUGGGCAUGAGAAGCACCAGACAAGAAAUGUGCAAUUAUUCCUAUAUCUAUUGGCUUUGCCUGCGCUGUGAGCUCUCUCCUCUCUUUAUUUCUACUCUACCUCACUAUUCUUUAGAAGCCACUUUCUAUCUACCACAUAGCUUAAGCUAAUAUGUGGAAGGAAGUGGAUGUUGCAUAAAAGGGGAGUUCGAACAACUGUUUAAAGCAUACCUUUCUCGGCCUUUUGGCUAAGAUCAAGUGUAGUAUCUGUUCUUAUCAGUUUAAUAUCUGAUACGUGGGCCAAUGGCUCACACGAUAUUAAAUUAAUUUUUAUUGGGGGAGAAGUCCACCACUGGAGCUUGCUCCAGGGGCUUCUCGUGUGUCGCCCAUGCGUUGCACUACUGCACGGGCCUGGCGCACCCCACCAAUUCUAGUAAAAUAUUUGUUUACUGCGUUUUUUCUUGUAAUUGCAAGCUCUAAAUUGCUGAACUGGAUGCCAGUGUUGUUGUAGGACGUUACUGUUUCUAGGUAUCUCCAAUGAGUUUGCAGUUGCUUCAGUUCGUCAUAUGUAUAUGCUGUAAUCUGAAACCUUUCAUCAGGCUACUGAUCCUUUUCAGCUGAGAAGUGUCAUCGGAUUCAAUCUGAGGUUAGCAUGCAGGUGCUCAUACGUUCUCCAUCGGAAUAACUGAGGUUCUUACCACAAACCUAUUGGUAAAUUAAGAGCAGAUGACAUAGAAUUUGUCUACGAAAGGUUUGCUUCUCGCUUUAUUUCUGGCAUGCUGUUAGAAACUUAGAAUUGAUGCUGAAGUUUCCUUUUAGUUCCCACUAUUUCUCGUCGCUUUGUUUCUGGUAUCAUGUUCGUUCUCUUAGCUUAUGAAGUUCCAUAAAAUCAUAUUUGGAACGUGGUAGAGAUGAUCUGACCUCACUGUGAAAAGUCUGAAGGAACUAGAUUCUGUGCGUGCUAAAGUCGAAGGAAACAGUUUCAUUUUGGAAAUGAAUUGAGAACUUGGCUUGGGUAAACAGAUAGUUCUAUACAUGUUUGGGAAAUUUGGGCUCUGUUUCAUAAGAGUUAGUUGCAUUUCUGAUUGAAACUGUACUUUAUGUGUCUAACUAGAUAUUCUCUUUCCACAUAGAGCAGCCAGUAAGCACAAAACCUCUUUCGUCCAUGGGAGUUGGAGCCACUGAUCUGCAAUCAUGGUAUAGAAAAAUAAGUUUUGAUGCUAAGAAUGAGACUCGUAACCAAAUGAACUUGAUUAAUGUGGUCAGUACAUCUAUCUCUGUCUAGAUGACUUAUUGUGAUUUCCCUCUUAACUAUAUUGAUCAGUCUGGACUCUGGACAGCAUGUGUCAAUCCUGAAAGUUUGUCAAUUUAGGUGAACUGAAGCAAUUUAAUGGCAUUUUCAUAAGAUAAACCUCAAACUUGCAAUGUUCUAGGAUGAUUUUGCUAAUGAUGAGUAUCAUCUUGCUGGUAUUAGAAGGAAAUGCGAUGGCUUCUUUGAUUUUAAAUGCCACAUACAUUAUAUAUGCAUGAGUCGGAUGGUGAUGUUUGGUCUACUUCUAGCUAUUUUCCUGACAGCUGAAGCCUUUCGUAUUAUUAUUUGUGUCUGAUCUUAAGAAUUGAAACAAGACUUGAAUAUUUUGACGUUAACAACGAUAACAACUAUAAUUGUGAUUGCAGUGCUUGUGCUGAUAUGGCUUCCACAUCAAAAAGGUUCCUUUAAUCCUCUUAGUGAUUGAUGGGAAGAUCAUCUUGGCAAUGAGCUGCAUCGGACCAGAAAUAUGCAUAGACGCUACAGUCAUGUUGAGAAACACCAUGAUCAUACACAUUGAGAGUUCAGCUUUUAGGAAUGUGGAAUGGCAAGGGACGCGGUACUUUGACAGGUUGACAAAUGGUGAAAUAUAUGAUCACCCAGCUCAAUUUGCCAUCUUGAUCAGAGAAAAUAGUUGGACUUGGUUGAAUCUUACUCGAAGUCUUAGAACGGAUGAUGGCAGAAUAACUUUAUCGUCACAUUUUCCUUCCUUUGUCUUCUUAAACACCAUUGCACUCAGGGGCAAGAAAUUAACUGAGCAUCCAGACACUUCAGGGCAUUUGGCGGUGGCAUGAGAUUUUGUGUUUGUACAUAAUUUACAAAUGUCCAGAUUGCGACUCUUCUACACUACUAGAUCACAAAGUACAGGUAGAACAAACUUUCUCUUUCAUAGUUUCAUUAACUGGCAGAAAGAAGAGGAGGCUGACCUGCUGAUCUUUUUAGGUGGAAACCGACGAAAUGUUGUCCUAUACCUCUGGUUUACACUUUACAGUUGCCUGAUGGAUAUCAUGUUCAAAUCCUGGAAAGGGAUACAUAACGUAAUGUGCAGAAUAACACAGGAUAAAGGCGGUCUGCCUAGAGAACCAGAAUUACAAGAAUUUUUGUCCAUGGCCUCUUACUGGUAUGGUGGUUGAACCAACGGGCAUAGCAGUGGUUGAACCGACUUUCACCUUGACCAGUGAGACUAUUUGUCCAUGAGAGGAGAAGAAGGGUUGGUUGGAAGUUGGAACCUUGACUCUUGGAUUGGUGGGCCGCGAGAAUUUCCAUAUCUGGUUCAACUGGUUUGGCCCGACAGAAGUUAUUAAAGCAGGCGUAAUAAAUGGGCCCAUAGAGUGGUCGGGCCCAAUAAAACAUAUUUAUAAUAUUCAAGACACUUUCUGUGAAUUAUCAAUGGUUGCAAUUGCAUGCACCAAUUUGAAGACUGUGUCCGAUAAAAAAAAAAAUUUGAAGACUGGGAGGAUUUUAUGCAACACCAUAUCAUCUUAUUUUCUUCUAUGCUUUGUCCCCCGCCCGAAUGGCUUGUAUAUGACAAGGAUUUCGAUAUCGUAUCGAAAGUUAUACCGGUAAAGUCGGUGAUAUGCUAUUAUAUAUUGAAACUAUGACUUUAAACCAUCUCUUUUAUGACACUUCUAAGAUAAUAAAUAAAGGCAAAGGCGCACAGAAUACAAGAUGUGAAGGGCUUCAUGACAGCCUUUGUGGUAGGAUUCCUACCGGAGACAGCUAGCGGAGACCAGCACUGGCUGGACUGUCCUUAAUACUUAAGCCAAUCCCCAUUGCUUCCUUUCCAUCUUCCGGCCAAAGAAUGGGCUUGUAGAAGAUCAUUGAGUUAAGUAUUUAGGGAGGGUGGAUCAGACCACUUACUUCUUAGAGAGUGACGAGGGCUAGUGUGAUGUAAGCUAGCGGAACUCGCGAAACCGGACACAAGGGCUAAUCAGAAUCCAACCAUCUGAAACCGAUAAAAUCAUCAAUCGGUUUAAGUUUAAAAAUAAAGAAUUUUACGAUCGAAUACGAUUUCACAAACACGGAUACAAAUACAGGUGCUAAGCCUUGGGUUCAGACUUUUUCCACAUCGAUGAUCGGGCUUAACAUUUGCUGACAGCUGUAAAUAGGUACAAAAAUUCAAUUUCAUUGCAGAGACCGAAAAUGCCAACAAUUAAUCCAGCGAUUAACACAUACGUACGCAACCCACCCCCCAAUCUUAAUGACGCACCCACACCCAUUUUCCACGUGCAUGAACAACAACAACAAACAACGGCCACUACAUAUCUCAUCCGCGCAUCGGCAGGCAAAUACUGAACAAACACACAAACCCAAGUACCCAACCAAUUUAUCGAUCUCGUCAAAACUAUACAUCUCAUCCGCAUCCGCUAUGGCAGUUCCCAAGGCGGCGGCCACCGUAAUCAUGAUCGGGAUGAUAACAACAACAAUGUUGGUGCAGGGCUGCGAGGCCGGUGUGGUUUCGGAAGCUUUGUGCAGCGGCACCCUGGACCCGGCCGUCCCUUCAUGCACCAGAAAACUGGCCGCCGAACUCGCGGCCGGCGGGUACGGCGGUGUCGACUACAACGAACGAGAGCAGUGCUACGUGAAUCCCAGCACAACCGUCUACGCCCAGGCGACAUGUACUAGUAGUACUGCCUGCGGGGAAUGCUUGAGCGAGAUCACCGCCCAGUUGUUUAAUUCCUGCUCUGAUAUGGCCGUCGGGGCUCAGGCCCACAGCUCCGGUUGCUCCUUUCGGUACGAGAUUUCUCCUUUCUAGCUAACUACGUACCAACUUUGUAGAAAGGGGAAAUGAUCUUAUGCUCGCAGCUAGCUAGCUAGCUACUUUAACUUUUGCCCUACUUUAAUUUUUUUACCUACCUAUCAAACAAGUUGUAGCGUGUUUGAAGAAAGGAGAACGUUGAAUAAAAGCUUUGGACUUUAUAUUUGUGCACUUCAGAUUGUAUGGGGAACAAAGAGUUUACAAAGGGGUUUGAAUUCUGGGAUCUUGACUGACUUAUGAUUCAGCUUGCUCUUCAUCACCACCAGAAUAUCCAACUCCACCUAAGUAAUAAUUAUCUAUUUUUUUUAGUUACCUGAAUAGGAAUAAACGGUUUGAUUUACGCGCGCGAUAAAUGAAUGAUAUGGUAUGAAUAUUAAUUAUUUGACGUGAAUAUAUGAAUAUAUUGUAUGUACAAUUUUAUUUCUGGAAAUGCAUGCCCUCCUAGCGUGGGGAUUCCACAAAGUCGAGCUAUAAAUCGUCUCCCAUACAGCAAUUUAGGCGCUAUUCGGUCUGCUUCGCCUUCUGGAACAUGCAUGGGAGGUGAAUUUAAUGCAUAUGUUUCGAGAGGGCAAUGUGGUGGCCGAUUAAUUGACAUCGGUUACUGAUAGUGGUACAGCUCAUAGACCGGCCUCAAAGUUCCAUUUUUAAAGUACUUAUUGUAUUAUGACAUUUAUUGACUUUCAUAUCCCGCGACUUGUUAAUACAUAAAGAUUAGAGCG